GUCAGUGCGGGUAUUGUAAUUGUACAGCGUUGCACUGGGAGAGCCGUCCGAGGAAAACCGAUUCAAAGUCAGUGAACUCGGGAAUGAUCGGGUUUGUAUUGGUUGCCACUGUCUCGCAGCGCUGCCCUGCAUCACGGGGCCAAAAGUAAACAGAGACCGAGCGAGAGGCGAGCAGCGGCCGUGGGAUGAGCGCACAUCAUCGGCUAACUAACGUCACGUAGCCCCGCCGUCUCGAAACCUAACGCGUAAAAGAAAGCCAGGGAGAUAUCAGCUUCGACAGGAGGAGGAAAACGCCGGUGGGUGACGAUAAAGUUUGACCACUCCGCGCUGAGGUUAUUUUGUAUGGAGAUGCUGUGCUUCCGGUUGCCUGGCCACGGGGACACCACCCUGAAGCACAUGAAUUCGCUGAGGGCCCGCCAGCAUUUCUGCGACAUCACCAUUGUGGCCAGUGAAAAUCAGACGUUCAGGGGCCAUAAGGUGGUUUUGGCAGCAUGCUCGCCUUUCCUGCGUGACCAGUUCCUCCUCAACCCCUCCCCCAAGCUUCAGGUGUCAAUGCUCCAUAGCUCCACGGUAGUGUGUGAUCUGCUCCAGUCUUGCUACACUGGGGUGCUUCAGUUCAACCCAGAGGAGAUCGUCAACUACCUGACGGCUGCCAGUUACCUGCAGAUGGAGCAUAUUGUUGAACGCUGCCGAGGAGCACUGAAGAAGUACAUGCAGCCGAGGAACCCUGGUCCAUCAGGGGUGAGGACGGAGGAGAGCCAGUCUAGAGCAGUGAUAGUCAGCGGCAGCUCUCACUCGGUUGCCUCCAUGUCUCCCCCCACUAACCGACCUUCGCCGUUACAGCCACACAGUCCUGCAGGACACUCCCUGGAUGACAACAAUACUGAGAAACACACUCAGGCCAGUGAUCAACACCAUGAUGACAGUCCCGUGCUGGAUGACUCUACUAUUAAGAUUAAUGCAUCAGAUGAGGAGGAAGAGGCCAGGCAGGAGGACUACGACGUGUUCAGAGUGUACAUCCCCGAAGAGGAGCAGAGAGACAGGGAGGAGGAAAGAGGAGCUCCUGGUGACGGGCCUCAGGAUGCUUGUUACUCGGAAACAGAUGCCGUCAUCGUCGGAGGGGAAGGAGGCGAGUACGGCCUGAAUCUAACAGAACAGGAUCUGACCGCCGCCGGCUUCUCGAGGGAGGGACUCCCAGUGGAAGGGCUCCGCGCUUUCAGACGCAGACUGUCUGAACCUAAAGUUGGCCGGGGUAGAGGGAGGGGCAGGGGGAGGGGCUUCAAGAGGAGGAGGUGGGUGUCGUCUCAGGAGAAAAGGCCUCCAGGUGUGGCUCACCAUCAGGACCUGUGGUACCUGGCCACCGCUGGGAUGGGAGGCAGCUUUGGGCUGGAUUACACCCAAGAAGGGCUGAAGGUAGGAAAUUACCUCUCGGUUGACCUCCAGAGGGUGGACUUCAGCAUGGGGGAGGCUCAGGGAGAUGAGGUCACCCCCAUGGCCGCCAACAGCAUGGCUCAGUACGCCUUGGAGGAGUCGAGCUGCAGUGCUGGAGAGGGGAGCUCUGGGCUGGGGACCGUGCCGACAGAUGAGGGUGGGGAUGAGUCCGUGGCAGUGGUGGGCUCCACCUCUAGUGUAGCGGGGCCUGUGAUCUGCGAGCACUGCGGCAUGACGUUCCCCUCAGCUCACUCCCUGGCAAUCCACUCCCGCUCCACCCACCUGCUGUACGCCUGCCCCUGCUGCGGCAAGCAUUUCCAUCACUCCGCCAACCUAACGAGGCACAUGGCCGUCCACCGAGGGGCCGGCAAGACCCACCAGUGCCCCCUGUGCUACAAGACCUUCACCCAGAAGUCCACGCUGAUAGACCACAUGAACCUCCAUAGUGGCGAGCGCCCGCACCGCUGUGCCUACUGCCACGCCCGCUUUGCCCACAAGCCCGCUCUGAGGCGCCACCUGAAGGAACAGCACGGCAAAACCACAGGGCAGAACUCGCUACAUGAGCAAGAAGAGAGGGAGAGGGAGCAGGGAGGAGGAAUAAGAGAGGAGGAGCAGGAACGCCCAGUCACUGAGCAAGUGUCAUAAGCCAAAACAAGCAAAGACAAAGGCACUGAAAUGUCUAAAUGUCUGGACAUACACAGACUUCACAGCUCAUUGCAUUAAACCUGGCAGGGUUUUGAGCUAUCCAGUCAAGUUAUUCAACGUGGAGUUGCAGUUAUCGCAUGGGCGAUAAAAGAGUCCACAAUUUUCGACCUUGAGUUGAUACUGAGAACUAAGGCUUUUAAAAUCCUGUGAAGACUGAAGUCUUGUCACAAUCAAUGAGUUGUCUUUUUAAAAUGUCCUUUCCAUAAGUCAGAAAGGCAUACAUACUAAGUAAUGAUGUGGCAAGCAAGGACCUCUCACAAUAGCGAGAUAGACAGCCAAUAAUAGGCUAGAGAAGUAAAAAUCAUUAAAAAAAAUAAAAAACAUAUCUAACUAAUAUACAAUCUCCUAACACUAUUUGCAUUGCAUUAAACUGUUUUCUUUUUUGCACUCAGAUUCAGAAUGUGUGUAUUUGUUUGUGCAUCCACAUCAACAAGCCAAAGUUGUGAUUCAUUCAAGAAUCACUGAUGGUGUGAAUGCUGCAGCCGACACAGCAGUGAUAUUCACCUAAUAUAAGCUCUUUGUAAUUGAAGUGCCCCAUUUUGAAGUAGUCAGUUCACCCAUCAGUAAAAAAAAAAAAAAUGUAUACAUGUUCAGAUGUAUAGUGUUUUCUCUGAAUAAAAUCAGAAAGUUUUGCAGGUUCUCCUCUU